AAUGUAAAGAGGCGGGAAAGGAUUGGAACCCUACCUGAGAAAUUGUAAAGCUUUUGACACACACACACUCUCUCUCUCUCUCUCUCUCUCUCUCUCUCAUCUUUGUGAUUUCGCAGAACACUUCAUCAAUCGAUCGAUCGAUCAAUCAAUCUCUCUCUCCCCAUGGGUAUAAAGGGUUUAACGAAGCUUCUUGCGGACAAUGCUCCAAAGUCCAUGAAAGAGCAAAAAUUCGAGAGCUAUUUCGGUCGCAAAGUCGCCAUUGAUGCCAGCAUGAGCAUCUACCAGUUCCUGAUUGUUGUGGGUCGAAUUGGGACUGAAACGCUUACCAAUGAGGCUGGUGAAGUAACUAGUCAUUUGCAAGGGAUGUUCACUCGGACAAUUCGGCUUCUUGAAUCUGGAUUGAAGCCAGUAUAUGUUUUCGAUGGAAAGCCUCCGGAUUUGAAAAAGCAAGAGCUUGCAAAACGUUAUACAAAAAGAGCAGAUGCUACUGAGGAUUUGAAUGUGGCCUUAGAGACUGGCAAUAAGGAAGAGAUUGAGAAAUUCAGCAAACGAACAGUGAAGGUGACAAAGCAACACAAUGAUGACUGUAAAAGACUUCUAAAGCUCAUGGGAGUGCCUGUAAUUGAGGCUCCCUCAGAGGCAGAGGCACAGUGUGCUGCACUUUGCAAAUCUGGAAAGGUUUAUGCUGUUGCGUCUGAAGACAUGGAUUCUCUAACAUUUGGAGCUCCUAGAUUUCUUCGCCAUUUAAUGGAUCCAAGCUCAAAAAAAGUCCCAGUCAUGGAAUUUGAAGUUUCAAAGGUUUUGGAGGAGCUGAAUCUUACCAUGGAUCAAUUCAUCGACUUGUGCAUUCUUUGUGGGUGUGACUAUUGUGAUAGCAUUCGGGGUAUCGGGGGCCAGACUGCUUUAAAGCUCAUCCGGCAACAUGGCUCAAUAGAGAAUAUACUGGAGAAUAUAAACAAAGAGAGGUACCAAAUUCCUGAUGACUGGCCGUAUCAAGAGGCUCGACACCUUUUUAAAGAACCAUUAGUCUUUGUGGAUGAUGAGCAACUUGAUAUUAAAUGGAGUGCUCCAGAUGAAGAAGGGUUGAUAAAUUUUCUUGUAACUGAAAAUGGGUUCAACAGUGACAGAAUUACAAAGGCAAUAGAAAAAAUCAAAGCAGCCAAGAACAAGUCAACUCAGGGCCGAUUAGAAUCAUUCUUUAAACCUGUUGUUAGCACAUCGGCACCCAUUAAGCGAAAGGAAACAACUGAGAAGGCUGAGAAGGAAUCUAGUAACAAAAAGCCUAAGGCUGGUGGUGGUAGGAAGAAAAAGUAGUUGAGUUGGUGUUAAAGCAUUUUUACGACACUGAUGUAUCUAAUUGUACUCUUGCCAGGUAUGCGAGUUAAGGAGAGCAUUAUGGUCAUGUAUACAGAGUCAGGAGGAAGCAGACUACUAUGGAUGUGAAUUAAACCUCUGUAUUCCGUUUUCUUGAAAUAAAUUUCUUGCAUGUAAUCUGGGUACUUCUGUUCUAGGACCUAAGGAGAGCAUUAUGGUCAUGUAUACAGAGUCACUGCCUUGCUAUAUGUUUGGGCUUAAAUUUAACCUCGUGUUUUAAUAUUGUAGCUUGUCAAGUUUUAAUUUAGGAAAUUGGUGAAAAGCUUCUGAGCACAAUUUUAUAAUGAGAGAUAACUAGGGCUGAGCAAGGGAACUGACAAAUCUGUAAAUCGAACUGGUCAAGUCAAAAACGGUGAGUUUGGUUUGGUUUUUUUGAAUGUGGUUUGGUUCUGGUUUGGAAAA